AUGUGGAACCGUAGUUCCAUUUUGUUAUUAGUGAUACUAUUAGCAAAUCCGGUGCUACCAAGACGAGCGUCGGCCGGUGGUGGCUUCCAACCUUCCAGAGGAAGUAGCGCAGCUAGGGGAGCUAUAGGGCAACCAGGUGGUGGUUACCAACCAGGUGGAUUUCAGCCAGGAGGUGUCCGUCCACCAACAAAUCAGGGUGGUUUUGGAGGAGGUGGUGUACGUCCGGGUGGCUUUCCAAAUCAAGGCGGAUUCCACCCACAGGGUGGAUUUAGCGGAGGUUUCCGUCCCGGAACCGGACCCGGAUCGGCUGCAAGCAGUGGAACAUUCAAGAAAGCCCUCAUUGGUGGUGCUUUGGGAGCUGUCGGAGGUCUUGUUGCCUUUGAAGCUGGUAAAGCUAUCAUCCACUCCAAUUCGCCGAUGGUACACGUCCUAAAACGAUCACAUGGACUUGCAAACGGAAUGCUGAAGUGUGCUGUGGAACCGAUUGUUGCCCAGCACCAGUGCAGACCAAUAUGGGUGGUCCUAACCAUGCUGGUAGCACUGGUAGCAACAUCGCUGGCGUGGUCAUUGGGUAAGUAG